AUGCACUCCGGGACAAUCUACGAAUUUGACGCAUCGACACUAGAAACUGUUGGAACUCCCUUCAAAGGGCACACCGAGGUUACCCGUGGUCUGGCACCUCCAUUUGACCAUGCUCUCCUGGCCAGCGCUGCUGAAGAUAACACAACACCAUCAAGCUCUGGGCUUUCGAGUCCCGCCAGCUCCUCGCCUCCUUUGAUUCGGAAGCCCGAUAUCCUUGUUCUCUCACCCGACUCACAUCAACUGGCUUACACAGCGUACACCAUAUCAUACAACAGAAAUAAUCAGAAAAUCUACAUCUGCGAUAUUCCACCCGAAGUCCUUGCUCAGGCUUAUGACACACAGAAGAUCUCCAAGGCGCAACAACAAUUGCCUGCCAUAGCUUUUCCCUUAACAUCGCAAAUACUCUCUUCUACAAUAGCUUCACGGUUGCCCCAAUUAAGCCCCGACCCCCGCAAGUUCCUUGUCUCCUCUUCCCACACUCCUACAGUCUUUUCUGCUCGUGACGUUGAGUCUGAAGAUCUCAAAGCAAUGCCCCAAGACCUCUUAAAAUAUAUCGUCAAGGACGGAGACUACCCUGUUGCACGUAGCGGGUUCGGGGAGAUAUGUAGAUUGAGCGUCGCUCCUAGCUCGGUCGCGGUCGCAGUGAAAGCAUUACACGUAUACGCUGAUGAUCAACUUGGGCCAGUGAAGACCACAAAGAAUCAAGGCAAGUGUCUCACUGAAGGAUUGAGUCCGUCGCUUACACCACAGAACGCCACUUCGUAG